UUGCUUCCCAAGGUUCUUAUCUCAUGUCAACAACCUUAAUAUAUAAAAUCACAAUACAUUCAUCUAUAUUCUCAUCAAUCUCUUUGUCUCAAUACCCCAAUUCAACAAAAAUGAAGAGAGAAGGUAAGCAACAUGGCAUGGUGAGGACAUACCGGGUCCUACCGAACCCGAAUCACGGCACCCGAUUCGUCACACGGUUCGAUUCGCCUCCAACAGCUGGACUCUUCACAAAAGUUCCCUCCAAGCCCACCAACCAUUCCAAAUUCACCGGUAAAUGUGGCAAGGCGCGGUGCACCAAUUGCCGUCUUCAUCCGAUCUCAAAGUCAAAGAACAAAUCUAAAGGGAGUUUCAAGCAUUUUCAGAUCAUGGAUCAACCCGGUUUGAAAUUUAUCGGGUUGUCCGCGACUGGGACUUUGAACCAUAUUUCUAAUUGGUAUGUGGAUGAUGAUGAUGAAGAAGAUGAAAGUGUUAUUGACUAUGUGGAUGAUGUGAAAGAUGAAAGUGUUGUUGAUCAUGUGGAUGAUGAUGAUGUGAAAGAUGAAAGUGUUGUUGACCAUGUGGAUGAUGUGAAAGAUGAAAGUGUUGUUGACCAUGUGGAUGAUGAUGAUGUGAAAGAUGAAAGUGUUGUUGAACAUGUAGAUGAUGAUGAUGAUGCAAAAAAUUCAUGCACUCUGGAUGAAAAAGAAGUGGAGUAUCCGUUGCGUGUUGAACAAGUUAAGGAAGAAAAAUAUGAAGAAGAAGAAGAAGAAGAUUGGUGUUUGGUGGAAUGUUGUUCAUGAUUUUAUGAUAUUGUUUAUUUCUAACUUACAAAUUGCAAUUGCUUGAUAAUUGCUUCAAAUGUAUCAUUACCAAAACCAAUGCAAAGGAAAGAUCCAAAGUUGUUAUGGAUAAGAAAUUAGGAUAUUUUAAUUACACCAUUGUUGUUGUGGAAGUAACAUAAUGCUUUCAAAUAAAUAUUACUCCUUUUGUUUCUA